GAAAACGGCUUCGCUCAUUUUCACUCGGCACCCUUCACCGUGUCGCGCGCAUAUUGUACACUAGAGGGCGCGUGUCCCAGACUGGCAUUUUUUUUAGCAACUUCCCCAAACGGAACAAAACGCUCCAGCACACACGCGCUGGUUCGCACCAAGUCUACUCCACUCCGACCAGCACGCGACAGAAGUCAUGGCGGGACGCGACCGAGUGGCGCAUCUGAUGAGACAGCUCGCGAGUGCAGCAUGCCGGUGCCCUGCUCACUCCCAUACCUACCACCAAGGUGCUGCACAGGAAUCAUGUACAGUUCGGACCACCGACUAUGCGUUUGAGAUGGCCAGCUCAAACAUACGAUAUGGAGAAGGGGUUACUCGGGAGAUCGGCAUGGACCUGGUGAAUAUGGGGGCACAGAAGGUGUGUGUGAUGACGGAUCAGAACCUGUCUGGUCUGCCUCCUGUGAGAGCCGUGCUGGACUCUCUGGACCAGAACCGAGUCAGAUACCUCUGCUACGACAGCGUGAGGGUGGAGCCCACCGACAACAGUUUUAAGGAGGCCAUAGCCUUUGCUCGGAAGGAGGACUUUGACGUGUUCGUAGCAGUGGGCGGGGGCUCUGUGAUUGACACCUGCAAGGCAGCCAAUCUCUACGCUUCGCACCCUGAGGCUGAUUUCUUGGACUUUGUCAACGCCCCCAUUGGGAAGGGCCAGCCAAUCACAGGAGCCCUCAAACCCCUCAUCGCAGUGCCCACCACAGCAGGCACAGGCAGUGAGACUACAGGAGUGGCCAUCUUUGACUACGAACCUCUCAAGGCCAAAACAGGUAUUGCCAAUCGAGCGCUAAGGCCGGUGUUGGGGAUAGUUGACCCCCUGCACACGCUGCACAUGCCCACCAGGGUCGCCGCCAACUCUGGCUUUGAUGUCCUUUGUCAUGCUCUGGAGUCCUACACUGCUCUGCCCUACACUGACAGGAGUCCCUGCCCGCCCAAUCCGCUCCUUCGUCCCGCCUACCAGGGCAGCAAUCCAAUCAGUGACGUGUGGGCCAAACACGCCCUCAACAUCGUGGCCAAAUACAUGAAACGGGCUGUGCGGGAUCCAGGUGAUAUUGAAGCUCGCUCCAGUAUGCAUCUGGCAAGUGUGUUCGCUGGGAUUGGCUUUGGCAACGCAGGAGUUCACCUUUGCCAUGGCAUGUCCUAUCCUAUAGCGGGGAAUGUGAAGACCUACAGAGCCAAGGAAUAUAACAUUGACCAUCCUAUUGUGCCUCACGGUCUGUCGGUGGUGCUGACGGCUCCUGCGGUGUUCUCCUUCACUGGGAGCAUGUGUCCAGAGCGCCACCUAGAGGCUGCUCAGAUACUAGGAGCUGACACCAGUAAUGUAAAGCGUGCUGAUGCUGGGCGCGUUCUGGCUGAGACCCUCAGGAGCUUCCUGUUUGACUUGCAGGUGGAUGAUGGAUUAUCAGCGCUUGGAUACGACACAAAUGACAUCCCUGCCCUCGUCAAGGGCACUCUACCUCAGGAGCGUGUGACUAAGCUGUCUCCCAGGCCUCAUACAGAAGAAGACCUGACUGAACUCUUCACUGCAUCCAUGAAGCUCUACUAACACACACACACACACACACACACA